AUGAUUUUUCGAACUUCAAAUUCAGAUGGAGCUUCUUGCCUCGCCACCGACGUGUGCGUACACCCCAAAACAGUGGAUCAUAUAAGAGCUCAUCCUUCUUUGCUUUCGGCGCUGCUGGACCAAGCUGUCGAUACACUCGAGAAGGACUUCUUCAAAGGAGAAAAAAUUUCAAGAGUGGGUCAAAAAGAACUGAAGAAAUUGACGAAAGAAGCAAAAAAGAAAACGCGCAUCAAAGCCAACGAGCAGCAGCAGCAGCGGCAGGAGCAAGAGCAGCAGCAGCAGCAGCAGCAGCAGCAGCAGCAGCAGCAGCAGCAGCAGCAGCAACAGCAGCAGCAGCAGCAACCAUGGGCAACGCAUUCUAUUGUGCCGCAGCAGCGACAGCUGCCUGAUGCACUGCGCGCGAAUCCCUCGGCUUUAUCAGUGGAGUGGAUAUCCACAAAAGAAAUUUUUAUUUCCCUUAAAAAGGACGAAGCAAAAAGUCUUGCCAUCGAUUUGCCUCUUGAAGUUGACUCUGCUGCUGCAACAGCAAAGUUCAUCACAGCCAAGCGGCAGCUCAAUAUCGAGGCCCCUGUGGUUGCUGCUGCUGCUGCUGCUGCCAGUAGUUGCAGCAGCAGCAGCAGCAGCAGCAAAGAGGGUCGCAGCAGCAGCAGCAACUUGGGCCGCGCGUAUGGCUGCGCAGCAUCUGAGGCGCAUUUUAGUGAUGCUGCACAAGAUGAAACAAGAAAGCCAGCAGCAGCAGCAGCAGCAGCAGACCCAGCAGCAGCAGCAGCAGCAGACCCAGCAGCAGCAGCAGCAGCAGACCCAGCAGCAGCAGCAGCAGCAGUAGCAGCAGCAGAAGCAGUAGCAGCAGCAGGCACAGCAACUGCGGCAGACGCAGCAGCAGCAGCAGAUAUAGCAGAUGCAGAUGCAACAGCAGCAGCAGAGAUAACAGCAGCAGACACACGAGUUUCAGCAGAAGCAGCAGCAGCAAUUAGAAACGGAGCAGCAGCAGACACAACAGCAGCAGAUGCAGCAACAACGCCAAUAGCACGAGCAGCUGCAGCAGCAGCAGACGCAGCAGCAGCAGCAGCAGACGCAGCAGCAGCCGAAAUCGAACCAGUAGCUGAAACAGCAGCAGCAGCAGCAGCAGCAGACACAGCAGCAGCAGGCACAGUGACAGCAGACACAGUAGCAGCAGACACAACAGCAGCAGAAAUAGCAGCAGCAGCCACGGCAACAGGGGAAGCAGCAGCAGCAGAAACAGCAGCAGCAAAUACGGCAGUGGCUGACACAGCAGCGGUAGACGCAGCAGCAAAAGAAAUGGCAGCAGCAGACGCAGCAGCAGCAGAAGCAGCAGCAGCAGCAGCAGAAAUAACAUCAGCUGACACAGCAGCAGCAAACAGAAGAACUGCAGAAACAGCAGCAGCGGAUGCAGCAGCAAACGUGGCGACCGCAGAAGCAGCUGUAGAAAAUAUUUUAACAGCAGCAGCAGCAGCAGACAGAGCAGCAGCAGCAGAAAUCCCAGCAGCAGCAGCAAAAACAGAGGGAGCAGCUGCAGCUGCAGCAGACGCAGCAGCAAGUGCUGCCGAAGCAGCAGCAGUUGUCGAAGCAGCAGCAGCGCCAGCAACUGCAGCGGCAGCAGCAACUGCAGCAGCAACAGCAGCAGCAGCAGAUGCUGCAGCAACAGAAAAAGCAGCAGCAGCGACAGAAGACGAGCAGCAGCAGCAGAACGCUGUAGUGCUCAAACAGCUUCAGCUGCUGCGCUGCAGCGAGGUGCAGCAGAACCUGCUGCUGCUGCUGCUGCUGCCGCAGCAGCACAAGCCGCUCGAUGCUGUACUUUCUCAGUGUAACGAUAAGGUGCUAGUGAGGAUCCUCUCAAAGGGCCCCAACGUCGGCAGCGCUGAUGCAGAAGCAGCAGCAGCAACAGCAGCAGCAACAGCAGCAGCAGCAGCAGCAACAGCAGCAGCAGGGGUUGAAGCAGCGCAUCAAAGCUCUACUGAGCAAAAGCAAAACAAGGAGCAGCAAGAAUUGCUGCAGCAGCAGCAGCAGCAGCAGCAGCCACAGCAGCAAACCUUUGAGUGGCGACUGGCAGGCGUGCCUCAAAAGCCUUUGGAUCUGCUGCAGUACAGACUGGCCCCGGUUGCUGCUGCUGCUGCUGCUGCUGCUGCAGCAGAAGAAGUAGCUGCAGCAGCAGCAGUGGCCGAUGAAACGCAGCAAGCAGCAACAUCAGCAGCAGCUGAUGGAGAUGGGUCGAGACAAGCAGCAGCAAGCGAAGCAGCAGCAGCUGCAGCAGAGCCAACAACGACAGCAGCAGCAGCAGCAACAGCAACGGCAACUGCAGCAGCAGCAGCAACAGCAACGGCAACUGCAGCAGCAGCAGCAGCAGCAAACAUUUGGAGAUUAGUCAUAAGGAAGCAGCAGCCGCAGCUUUGGGGGGGAGAGUUAUUCACUCAGUGCAGCUUUGAGGCGGAGCAGCAGCAGCAGCAGCAGCAGCAAAUGCAGCAGCAGCAGCAGCAGGAGGCAGCAGAUGCAGCAGACGCAGCAGCAGGGUCGGCUACGCAUGGCAGUGCAGCAGCAGCAGCCGCAGCAGCAGCAGCAGCAGCAACGGAAGCUGCGGAAAAAGCUACAGCAGCAGGUGCCACACAAGCACCCCCAAAAGCAGCAGCAGCAACAGCAGCAGCAGCAGCAGCAGCAGGUCAACUGCCCCUAGGCCCUUUGCUGCUGCUUCAAAACACCUUGUGGCGGCAAAUCGUUUAG